AUGAUGGCAAAUAAUAAUGGGAGCUUCCCUCGUUGGUUUUGGCCGGUCGUUAUAGGUGUUGGAGUAUCUAUCUUACUCCUGAUUAUUCUUUUACCUAUAUCAUUUUCUUACCUUGAUUUUUAUCACUAUGGUUUUCUACGUCGACAUACAACCGGUCGUGUAAACCUCAAUCGAGUUUAUGAAGGUGGUCGUUAUCUUGUUGGUCCAGAUUAUCAUUUUAAAAAAUUCAGAGCUACAGCACAUCAUGUAAAUUUCAAUCGUAUAUCAGUUUUUACAACAGAUAAUUUAGAAGUGCAUUUGACAAUAACAUUUCAAUUUUUCUUAAUAAAAGAAGAUUUACCAUUACUUCAUGCAGCGUAUGAUCUUUAUUACGAACCAAUUAUUGUUUCAAAUGCUAAAGAAGCAAUAAUAUCAACUUGUUCUCGUUUCGAUACAGAUGAGUUUAUAAAUGAUCGAGAAAAAAUUUGGCGAGAAAUUUAUCUUGGCGUUAAACGUCAACUAGGUGGUUCUUGUUGUAUUCCAAAGUGUAAAUCAGGGUGUCCAACUUGUCCUAUACAUGAACAAUGUGUUGCCGCAUGUAAAGCACGUGACAAAAAUUGUAAAAAAGAAGAAAAAGGUUUUUUUGCUGAAGUUCGAUAUCUUCAAUUACACGAUAUUGAUGUACCUGAUCGUGUUAUGGAACGACGUUUAUUAGGUUUAGUUCGUGAUUUAGAAAAAGAACGAGAAGAAUAUCUUAAUCAAGAAGCUCUUGUUAAAAAACAAACUGAUAUAUUAGCAAAUCAAUUUCGUAAUAAUGCCUCACAAUCCGUUGCUUUUUCUGAUGCACAAGCACAAUUAAAACGUGAACAAGCUAAAGCUGACGCACUUAAACGUGUUGAAAUUGCUCGUAUUGACGGUUUGUCAUCUAUGUGUUCAACAUUAGGUAUUACACAAGCUAAACAUAUUGGCACUCUUCAAUAUUUACGCACAUUAAAAGAUUCAGCAGAUAAUGUUAAAUAUUCCAUUGAUUUUAGCCAUGCUAUAGCUCAACAGCCACCAAUACAACAAAAACUUCCUGCACCUUUACCUUCAACAUAA